UCAGAGGGCAAAAAUAUUAGAGUUGUUGUUGGAAUGGUUUGAAUUAACGUUGUUUAUUUCCACUCUCCAGAAAAAAAAAUAGUGCCUCCGGCCCUUUAAGGUUGUCUACGUUCCCAUAACCACCCUCAACGACCCCAGACUCUUUCCCCAGCUGGGACUCUGAACUGCGGUUCUGACCUUCCGGCCUGCUCCCAAGCAACAACAGAGGGCGGGAAGUUUAAAUGUUCCGGACCCGCCCCCAGUGCGAAUUGGCCAAUCAAUGCCCAAACUUUUCUGCUACAGCAGUCCGCUCCUCCCUCUUGCCAGGUUGGAUCCCUAGGCGGGAUCCGGGCAUCUCCGACCAAUAGCCGCUAAGAGGGCGGGCCGUGUGCGCGCGCACCUCGCGCAGGGGCUGGAUAGUCUUGCCCGCCCACCUGUGGUGGUUGUUCUGCGGGAGGUUUCGCUCACUUCGCGACCCAGUUGACAGAAAAAGCGGGAAAACGCCACGAAUUGGUGGCACCUGGAGGAGGAGGGAAUCCGGAGCUUGAGACUGUGGCCAUGGAGUUGUGAUUGCCAUAGGCAGUGAGAUUAGACGUGCACAGGUCGCCCACAGAGCCCUCAGACCGCCUUCCAAAGCAUAACCUCGGUGUGACAGAAAUGAGGGUGGGGCAUGUGGAGUUUCCCACGAUCUCACUUUAGUGAGAACUGACCGCUCAAAAUGCCCCCAUCCCUGUCGCCACAGCUCUCCACGCCCCUGUCAGCCUGCGCCUCGCCCUCUCGCGGAAGGUCUCAAUGGAGCCCCAUGGCCUCCUUAGGAGCGACCCCCGGCGGGACGCCCUCUGCCAGCUUCCGCAGCCCGGGCCCCAACCCCCUGUCCCGCCCCAGUGAGGCCGAGGAGGAGGAGGUCGAUGACGACGACCAGGAGGUGGCCCAGAUACAUCUGUGUGUGCUGUGGAAUUCAGGACACUUAGGCAUUGCCUACUAUGACACUAGUGACUCCACCAUCCACUUCAUGCCAGAUGCUCCAGACCAUGAAAGCCUCAAGCUUCUCCAGAGAGUUAUGGAUGAAAUCAACCCCCAGUCCAUUGUUACAAGUGCCAAACAGGAUGAGGAUAUGACUCGGUUUUUGGGGAAGCUUGCAUCCCAGGAAGACAGAGAGCCUAAGAGACCUGAAAUCAUAUUUUUGCCAAGUGUGGAUUUUGGUCUGGAGAUAAGCAAGCAGCGACUCCUUUCUGGAAACUACUCCUUCAUCCCAGACUCCAUGACUGCCACUGAGAAAAUUCUCUUCCUCUCCUCCAUUAUUCCCUUUGACUGCCUCCUUACAGUUCGAGCACUUGGAGGGCUGCUCAAGUUCCUUAGUCGAAGAAGAAUUGGAGUUGAACUGGAAGACUAUAAUGUCAGCGUCCCCAUCCUGGGGUUUAAGAAAUUCGUAUUGACCAAUCUGGUGAGCAUAGAUCAAGACACUUACAGUGUUCUACAGAUUUUUAAGAGUGAGUCUCACCCUUCCGUGUACAAAGUAGCCAGUGGACUGAAGGAGGGGCUCAGCCUGUUUGGAAUCCUCAACAGAUGCCACAGUAAGUGGGGAGAGAAGCUGCUCAGGCUAUGGUUUACACGUCCAACUCAGGACCUAGGGGAACUCAAUUCCCGUCUGGAUGUCAUUCAGUUUUUUCUACUGCCUCAGAAUUUGGACAUGGCUCAGAUGUUACAUCGGCUGCUUGGUCAUAUCAAGAAUGUGCCUCUGAUUCUGAAACGCAUGAAGUUGUCCCACACCAAGGUCAACGACUGGCAGGUUCUCUACAAGACUGUGUACAGUGCUCUGGGCCUAAGGGAUGCCUGCCGCUCCCUGCCUCAGUCCAUCCAGCUCUUUCGGGACAUCGCCCAAGAGUUCUCUGAUGACCUGCACCACAUUGCCAGCCUCAUUGGGAAGGUGGUAGACUUUGAGGGCAGUCUUGCUGAAAAUCGCUUCACGGUCCUCCCCAACAUAGAUCCUGAAAUUGAUGAGAAAAAGCGAAGGCUGAUGGGACUUCCCAGUUUCCUCACUGAGGUUGCCCGCAAAGAGCUGGAAAAUCUGGACACUCGUAUUCCUUCAUGCAGUGUCAUCUACAUCCCUCUGAUUGGCUUCCUUCUUUCUAUUCCCCGCUUGCCUUCCAUGGUAGAGGCCCCUGACUUUGAGAUUGAGGGACUGGACUUCAUGUUUCUCUCAGAGGAGAAGCUACACUAUCGUAGUGGUCGAACCAAGGAAUUGGAUGCAUUGCUGGGAGACCUGCACUGUGAGAUCCGAGACCAGGAGACCCUGUUGAUGUACCAGCUGCAGUGCCAGGUGCUGGCACGGGCCACUGUCUUGACCCGGGUAUUGGACCUUGCCUCCCGUCUGGAUGUCCUGCUGGCUCUUGCUAGUGCUGCCCGGGACUAUGGCUACUCAAGACCCCGUUACUCCCCCAAGCUCCUUGGAGUACGAAUCCAAAAUGGCAGACAUCCUCUGAUGGAACUCUGUGCCCGAACCUUCGUGCCCAACUCUGCAGAAUGCAGUGGGGACAAAGGGAGGAUCAAAGUCAUCACUGGACCCAACUCCUCAGGAAAGAGCAUAUACCUCAAACAGGUAGGCUUGAUCACAUUCAUGGCCCUUCUGGGCAGCUUUGUGCCAGCAGAGGAGGCUGAAAUUGGGACAGUAAACGCCAUCUUCACUCAAAUUCAUAGCUGCGAAUCCAUCUCCCUUGGCCUCUCUACCUUCAUGAUCGACCUCAACCAGGUGGCAAAGGCUGUGAACAAUGCCACUGCACAGUCUCUGGUCCUUAUUGAUGAAUUUGGAAAAGGAACCAACACGGUGGAUGGACUUGCACUUCUGGCUGCUGUGCUCCGACACUGGCUGGCGCUUGGCCCCACAUGUCCCUACAUCUUUGUGGCCACCAACUUUCUGAGCCUUGUUCAGCUACAGCUGCUGCCACAGGGGCCCUUUGUGCAGUAUUUGACCAUGGAGACCUGUGAGGAUGGGAACGAUCUGGUCUUCUUCUAUCAGGUUUGCGAAGGUGUUGCCAAGGCCAGCCAUGCGUCCUACACAGCUGCCCAGGCUGGGCUUCCUGAUAGACUCAUUGCUCGUGGCAAGGAGGUUUUAGACUUGAUCCGCAGUGGAAAACCCAUCAAGCCUGUCAAGGAGUUGCUGAAGGAGAACCAAAUGGAGAACUGUCAGAGAUUAGUGGACAAGUUUCUGAAACUGGAUUUGGAAGACUCUAACCUGGACUUGGACAUUUUCAUGAGGCAGGAAGUACUGCCUACUGCCACUGCUAUCAUCUAAGAGUCCUUCCUCUGCCCUCCCCAACUUCCUGGGACCCUGAUUGGCUGCCAUCCCUCUUUAUUUGCUUAUCUCCUUCAGACCCAGAGUUCUUAGUUUCCCUAAAAGUUUUGUUUUACAUAGGAAUAAAGUUUAUUUUGGAGAAA